GGCUCUGGGAUGGGCCUGCCGAGAGCACCUUUGCUGUUGGAGGUCAGGGCCCUGGCAGGCUGUGCCCACCCCGCGGCCCGGUCCAAGCAGCUAUUACUCAAUCAGCUUGUGGUGACUGGCCCCCAAAUAUGGCUCUUUCCAGCCAGUUUGCCUCAGUUUAAUGUUUAAAAGACUGGGCUGUCACUGGGAGACCGGGAGCUAAAGACCACUGAGGCUGACGUGGACAGAGAGGAUGUGGGACUCCGACCGUCAUGUUAAGGUGAAGUCUCGAAGUUAUGUGCUGAACAUGCUCAGAAGAUUCGACAAAAUCAGGUUCAGAGGUCACAAGAGAGAUGAGUUCCUCGACUUAGCCGAGUCUCCCAACGCCUCCGACACAGAGUGUGGAGAUGAGCUCCCCGUGAAGGUCCCUCGGACGGCGGCCCGAGACGGCGAGGAGUUACGAGACCCUGCUGGGCCGGGCACUCUCAUCAUGGCUGCUGGAGUCCAGGAUUAUAACCGAACAGAAUUCGAUCGACUAAAUGAAAUCAAAGGGCACCUGGAAAUCGCCUUAUUGGAAAAACAUUUUUUACAAGAGGAACUCCGGAAGCUGAGAGAGGAGACCAACGCCGAGAUGCUGAAGCAGGAGCUGGAGAAGGAGCGGCAGCGGCGACUCGACCUGGAGCAGAGAUUCCAGGAGAUCCUGAAAACCAGGGCCGAGGAGGCACCCCCCCAGCAGCCCCCCAAGGGACCGGUGACGACACAGGCCAACCACGGCUCAGAUAAACGCAGCCAGAUGAUGCGCUCUCGGGUGCAGAAGUGGUUCUACGACAGGUUUGGGGAAUACGUGGAAGAUUUCCGCUUUCAGCCUGAAGAAAGCACGGUGGAAACCGAGGAGCCGCUGAGCGCCAGAAGGUUAACUGAAAACAUGAGGAGGCUGAAACGCGGAGCCAAGCCCGUCACAAGCUUUGUGAGGAAUCUCUCUGCCUUGUCUGACUGGCAUUCUGUCUACACCUCUGCUAUUGCCUUCAUUGUCUACAUGAAUGCCGUGUGGCACGGCUGGGCCAUCCCCAUGUUCUUGUUUUUAGCCAUCCUGAGGCUGUCACUCAAUUACCUCAUUGCCAGGGGCUGGCGGAUCCAGUGGAGCAUCGUGCCUGAAGUUUCCGAGGUGGCGGAGCCUCCCAAGGAAGACUUGACGGUGUCAGAGAAGUUUCAGCUCGUGCUGGACGUGGCCCAGAAGGCCCAGAAUCUGUUUGGGAAGAUGGCCGACAUCUUGGAGAAGAUUAAGAACUUGUUCAUGUGGGUCCAGCCAGAAAUCACCCAGAAGCUCUACAUCGCGCUGUGGGCAGCGUUCCUCGCCUCCUGCUUCUUCCCCUACAGGAUCGUGGGGCUCAUGAUGGGCCUCUACGCGGGUAUCAAGUUUUUCCUCAUCGACUUCAUCUUCAAACGCUGCCCCCGUCUCCGAGCCAAGUACGACACCCCCUACAUCAUCUGGACCAACCUGCCCACGGACCCCCAGCUGAAGGAGCGCUCGGCCGCCACCGUGACCAGGAGGCUCCAGACCACGUCCUCCAGGAGCUACGUGGGCGCCAGCGCUCCAGCAGGCGUGAGCAGAGACGAAGACACCGGGCGCUUUCACGGGACCAAAAAGGGAAAUUUCCAUGAAAUCUUUAACUUGACGGAAAAUGAGCGGCCCCUGGCGGUGUGUGAAAACGGCUGGCGAUGUUGCCUGAUCAACAGGGACCGCAAGAUGCCGACAGACUACAUCCGCAACGGAGUGCUGUACGUGACGGAGAAUUAUUUGUGCUUCGAGAGCUCCAAGUCCGGCUCCUCCAAGAGGAACAAGGUCAUUAAGCUCAUGGACAUCACGGACAUUCAGAAGUACAAAGUCCUCUCUGUCCUCCCCGGAUCGGGCAUGGGGAUCGCAGUAUCGACACCAUCCACCCAGAAGCCCCUGGUGUUUGGUGCCAUGGUCCACAGGGAUGAAGCCUUCGAGACCAUCUUCAGCCAGUACACGAAGAUCACGUCAGCAGCAGCGUCCAGCGGCGACAGCUAGUAGUGACCCCGGCCGCCAGGACCUUCUUUGCUUUCUAAGGACUCUGGCAGUGAAAACCAUGGGUCAUCUCAUGAUCUCCUUUGCAAUAAUGCUCCUGGUCCUGUGGGUUCCCUUCCAUGUCCCGAUCCUCUUUCCCCUAGGUCUCCAUGUUUGUCUACGACGUCUCCAUAAGAGGCAGUGAGGGCAUUGGCCACACCCUUAGACAUUGAACGCUCUUCAAGGUUACUCAUGGGAUGUGAAUGGGGCAGGGG